CCACCCAAGAUCGCCAAUGGCGACGUCGUUCGACCGCUGGGAGAAGGACCCCUUCUUCCUCGCCGCCGAGGAGGUCCAGGAAUCCGCCGACCGGAUGGAAUCGGUGUACAAGAUAUGGGUGCAGGAGAGGAGCGGGGCCGGUGGCCCGGAGGCGGCAGCGGCCCUCCGCGGAGAGGUCAGCGCCGUCGAGCUUCGCCGCGAGCUGCACACCGCGCUCGGCACCGCCAAGUGGCAGCUUGAUGAGUUAGAGCGUGCAAUCAGAUCAAACGACGAGGUUGUCUCGGCUGGAAAGGAUACACGAGCGCGGCAUAGUAACUUUGUUUCGGCAAUCGGCUAUCGCAUAUUAGAGGUUGAGAACAACUUGAAAGAGUCUAAUGUGUCAGAGGGGAAGGGCAGACUGAGCUGGAUUCAGUUGGAUGACAGUGAACGGGAUGACCUUGCGGCUUUCUUGCUUGCAAGCCCUCUUCAGCAGCGGGAUAAAGUUGUCACAAUCCCAUCUGCUGGCGAUAUUCAAGUGGGCAACAAUUCGGCAAGGGUGAGAAAAAAUAUUUCAGCCGACAGCUCCAAUGAUUCAUCUGGCUCUGCGGAGUUAAGCUCAGCGAGAGCAAUAGAAGAUGCACACCGUGGGCACAGAAGGUCAGUAAGUGCCAAUGCUGAUAUUGGAUUGUCAACUAUGUCAUUUCCAAAUGAACGAGAGGGCGCUGCUCAACAAUCGUCUAAUGGCCCACAAUUGCUGAAUAUUGUGAAGAAGUGUGCAUUGACGAGUGCCCUGAAACCUAAUCCUGCAAUUAAGUACAAGAAAGGAGCUGUCAGGUGGGCACGCGCUGACAAACAGGAUGUUGAAGAGGCAAUCCCUCUCAGAAGCUCUCAGUUUGAUCAGGGCUUAGAUGGGUACUCUGAAAGAAGCAAGAGUUGCUUAAAUACAUGCAUUGUGGUUACAUGCAAUAAGAAACUUUAUGAUUGGCUGGGAGCACUGCGCAGGAAACUUCGCGGAUCACAGUAUCAAGUUCGAUAUGGGCGUCCUGUUCAAUUGAUUGUGUUCAUACUUGCUGUUCUCAUAAUAUUUGUGUGUGUAUUCAAGACAAUAUGGUGAAAAUUAUUCAUGAGCUG